UAUCAGAACUUACCAAAUAGACAUUAACUAUAUACUGCUAUCUCCUGGGUUUUCCCUUUCUAAGCCGUUUCAACUCAACAAUAAGGAGAUGCUUUUGUCCUCAAGAAAAACUGGGCAUUUCCCCGUCAUUCAUAUUUAUAGGCAGUGUUUAGAGGAGCAAUGAAAUGAAGCACUUGGGGCACGUUCGGCAUUAAAUGAAGUGAUCCAGUUCUUGGACAGUAUUGUGAUUUAGUUGCACCUUUUGAUUUCCAGCAUGACAGCCGCCCUGUACCUUUAAGUUGGUCUGCUGUCACUGAUGUUAUUGGAAUGUGAAUCUACAAAGCAUCUUGUCCAGGUUGAAGUAAUAAACAAAAUGGAUUCUUCAAGACCAUCUUCCAUAGGAAGUGAUGAUUAUGAAAAUGUCUGCAAGCAUGGCUUCUUCAGAAAAUCUCCCCCAAUCCAUCUUUUCACUAAUCAGACAUCCUGGAAAAAACGAUACUUUACCCUUUCCAAGUCAAUCAAAAAUGGUUAUAUCCUGAGGUAUUUCAAAGAUCAACAGCUAAAGGGCAACAUCGAAAUUAAUGAAACUUCAAAAAUUGAAAUUGGCAUAGCUGAUAGUGAGAAAAUGGCAAUGGUGAGGAAGAUGUUUAAAUGCGUGCCCACAGAAGUGAUGACCAUCAGAACAGGGAACAGAGAUUUCUACCUUAUUGGAACAGACAGCAAAGAAGUUGAGGAGUGGGCCAACGUCCUAUAUGAAACUUGCAGAGAAAAAGAGGUUGAAGUAACAAGCAAAAUGGACUAUCCAAGAAAAUCCUCCAUAGAAAAUUAUCAUUGUGAAGAAGUCUGCAAGCCUAUUUCCUUCAAAAGAUCACCUCCAGUCCGGACAACACUGGAACUCAGGACUCGGUCAAAAUCUUCACCUGCUUGUCUUGAUGAAAAGGAUGAGCAGUGCCACGGCAAUCAAUAUGAAGAGUUACCAACAACUGCUUUCAAGAAAAGGCCAACAUCAGAACCUAUUCAUCAAGUCCCUUCUGAAGAAGACCAUAUUUAUGAGUCACCAAGAAAAAUUAUGCAACGUCUUCGACGUCUAACACAUGGUCCACUUGAUGAACAGUCAGGUGAAGAUUAUGAAAAAGAGAACGAUUAUGCUUCUCCAAGAAGUAUUCAAGCCCAGUUGACUGAGACGAAUCCUGAAUGUAGCAGCUCAGAUGAAGAACAGUCUAACGACGAUGGAGGAUAUAUAUCCAUGAAAGACAUCCGUCCACUGAUGGCAGAAGAAGACUUUCAGCCUACAUCAGCAGGGACUACAUUGCCAACUAUUCCUCCAGUAAAAGAAAAUAGUGUGAAUCCACAAGUAGCACAGGACUGUCCUCUGAAACCAACGCCAUUACCCAGGAAAGCCAAACCAGGAAAAAUGCCCAAAAUAUCAUUUCUGUCAGUGGUUCAGCUGUCCAUAAUCCUUAGUAAAAUCACAAAAGACAAUCAGAUGCAAGAGGUUGAUCUUCUCUUUCCCCAGAGUGAUUUUGUCAAUUGUGUAACACUUAAGGAAGCUUCUGGGCAUGUAUGUGUCUCCCAGUGGAGUGAUCCACAUCGCUUAGGAUGUCUUUUCCACCAAGGGGAUUACAUAGUGGCUGUGAAUGAUAUGCAUGUCAAGAACAUAGAUGAAAUUUCUUUGUUCACAAGCAGAUCCACAAGAAAAGAGGUAAAAUUGACCAUACAUCGUCUCCCAAAUUCAGAAAUUUUACAUGCCACAGGAUGCAAGUGCCCCUAAGGAAGAAAAGACCAUAAGAAUCUUCACUGAACAUAGAGCCAGUCUGACAUAGAUUUGACUGGUUGCACAUAGAAGAGAUGAAGGACUUUAUGCCAACAGUGUUUUCAGUGGUGCCUGAAGAAUAUUGUUAAUAAUAAUACUGUUCAUCCUUGCUGUAUCUUCAACAGAAAUUUCAUCUCACAAGCAAUCCCUUCUUUUCUUGAAGCACCAAUUGGAGCAUAUCAGACUAAGACAGACGGUCUUCCCUCACAAAAAUUCAAAAGAAAUAGUAGAGGAGAGGCAUUCACAUCUAAGGCCUUCUGAAAAAGACUGUAUUGGUCACUGAUGCUCUUUCUUCAGCCCUCCAGCCUGCAUUAUUCCUGGAACAGAGUCUAAUGUUGUUAUCAUGCAUCUAAUUUAUAUUGCCUCAAUACAGUAUCAAAUUCAGUGGACUCCUGACAUCCGCUAGGGUUUGAUUCCCUGUGGAUAGGAUACCCAAAUCCAUGAAUGCUCGAGUCCCAUAAUGGUGUAGUAAAAAUAUGUCCUUAUAUAAAAUGGUGAGAAGUUCAAAGGAAUGCUGGAAGGAGCCUGAGAACCUGUGACAUGACAGGAGGCUACAGAAGGUUAUGACUACACAUCAGCCUAGUGCUUGGUACAUGGCAAAAUCAAGCAUUGCUAUGGGGAUAUUUUUAAAAUAUAUUUUUGCACCAUGGUUGGCUGAAUCUAUGGAUGCAGAAUCUGUGAAAACCAAGGGGUGAUUGUAGAUGUGUUGCAAAACACAUACGCACAUAUAAAUUAAAGCCAAGCUGGAGGCGAACUCUCUCUGGGUGAAUAAACUAUCUAUCUUUUAAACUAUCUUUUAAACUUCUAUUUAUUGUUGAAAUAAUCUUAUCAUGAAUUUCAAAGGAGUGAUAUUUUAUUUUAGUAGCAAAGGAAAAAGAACCCGUGAUAGCUGACAUUUGUUUGAGAAUGCUUUGUAUUGUUUAUAAAUCAUGAAA